AUGCAGGAAGGGAGAAGAAACUCCCUUCCCCCCCUUCCAACUCUGUCUGUAACUCUAGCGAAUGUGUCUGGUCGUGGUAAGGGAGGCAAGGGUCUCGGAAAAGGAGGCGCUAAGUGCCAUAGGAGGGUGUUGAGGGAUAAUAUCCAGGGUAUUACGAAACCCGUUAUUUGCCAUUUGGCUUGUCAAGGGGGAGUGAAGCCUAUUUCAGGUCUCAUUUACGAGGAGACUCGUGGGGUGCUGAAGGUGUUUCUGGAGAACGUGAUUCAAGAUGCCGUUACUUACACCGAGCAUGUGAAGCGGAAGACUGUGACUGCUAUGGAUGUUGUUUAUGCUUUGAAGUGCCAGGGUCAUACUCUGUACAGAUUUGGAGGCUAA